UACAAAAAUGUUCAAAUUUUAAAGUACAAUACAAAUAAGGGUCUUGGUAUAAAUACAUACAUACAACUAAAAUACCGCGAAUAUAGUGUCCCUUUAAUUGAACGUCGCGCAUGCGUGGUACGGAAGUCUCGUGAUGACAGCGAAUGACAGCGGUGUUCGCCCGUUCAAUAGCCGAGCCAGUAUCAGACUGCUAACCGCCAUCAAACACUUCCUGUGACUCCGGUAAUCUUUGGAUCAACUGUAUUCGGAGAGGACACACGCGGUCAGUAAACGCCAAAUACAAGGGUUUUUUGACUCUCUUCCUGUCGGAGCUGGUCACGAUGGUGAAGCCAGACAUCCACACUCUGGCCCACCACCUGAAGCAGGAGCGGCUGUAUGUGGCAUCAGAGAGACAGCUCAUCCAGAGGCUCAACAGCGACGUGCUGAAGACCGCUGAGAGGCUGUACCGGGCAGCAUGGAUCGCCAAGCAGCAGAGGAUCAACCUGGAUCGUCUCAUCCUCACCAGUGCUGAGGCCUCUCCCGCUGAGUGCUGCCAACAUGCAAAGAUGCUGGAGGACACGCAGUUUGUUGACGGCUACAAGACGCUGGGCUAUCAGGAGACCAUCUACGGGGAGUUUUUGGCCCGGCUGAGGGAGAACCCCAGACUGGUAGCUUCGUGUCUGGUGGCGGGAGAGAGGCUGAACCAAGAGCACACCCAGGGGGUGAUCCACACUGUCUUUACCUCACUUUAUGGCAACUGCAUCAUGCAGGAGGAUGAGAGUUACCUGCUGCAGGUGCUGAGAUACUUGAUAGAGUUUGAGCUGAAGGAGAACGACAACCCUCGACGUCUGCUGCGGCGUGGCACCUGCGCCUUCAGCAUCCUUUUCAAACUCUUCUCCGAAGGCCUGUACUCGGCCAAGCUUUUCCUCACCGCCACCCUCCAUGAACCCAUCAUGCAGCUGCUGGUGGAAGAUGAAAAUCACCUGGAGACCGAUCCAUCCAAGGUCACUGAGCGCCUCACUCCAGCUCAGAGGGAACGUUUUGGAGAGAAGGGCUCUGAGGCCUACAGACAGAGGGUGCAGGCCGCGGUGGAAGCCAACGAAGGGAAGCUGGUCGCUCUGGUCAACAAAUUCAUUGGUUACUUAAAGCAAAACACCUACUGCUUCCCUCACAGCCUGCGCUGGAUCGUGUCCCAGAUGUACAAGACCUUGUCUUGUGUGGAGCGCCUGGAGGUGGGCGAGGUGAGGACCAUGUGCACAGACCUGCUGCUGACCUGCUUCAUCUGUCCAGCUAUCGUCAAUCCGGAGCAGUACGGCAUCAUCUCCGAUGCUCCCAUCAAUGAAGUGGCCCGCUUUAAUCUGAUGCAGGUGGGGCAGCUGUUGCAGCAGUUAGCCAUGGCUGAUGAUGAUGCUGAUCCAAGACGGAAGAGCAGUUUGUCAAAAUUCGAUAAGAGUUGUGUUGCUGCCUUUCUGGAUGUAGUAAUUGGAGGAAGAGCAGUGGAGACUCCACCCAUGUCCUCGAUGAACCUUCUAGAAGGCCUGAGCAGGACGGCCGUCUAUAUUACUCAUCAUCAGCUGCUAGCGUUGGUGGACUUUGUGCGGAGCGUGACUGCUGGGGACCACCUACGGGAGGAGGAGCACGUGGCCCUGGAGAACUUAGUGGCUAACGUGCCCCAGUCCAACACUGUGAAAAGCAACAGCCUGGAGCUCACACCGUCCAACACCCCGCAGCUGUCUCCUGCUACCACUCCUGCCAACAAAAAGAACCGACUCCCCAUAGCAAAUGCUCGUAGCCGCAGCCGUUCCAACAUAGCCCAGGAGGGGGAGGCAGAGGCAAGUUCACAAGAGUCUCUGCAGGAGCUGAUGCCAGAGGAGGUUAUGGUGAUUUCAAUGGGAACUGGUCCACAGAAUGUCCCUGGGAUGAUGUCAGAGAACGAGGUUUUGAACAUGCAGUUGUCUGAUGGGGCUCAGGGCGAAGGUCAUGCUGAUGAUAACAAACUGCACGGUAAACCAGACAAAACCUUGCGUUUCUCCCUCUGCAGUGACAACUUGGAAGGAAUCUCUGAGGGCCCGUCCAAUCGUUCUAACUCUGUGUCUUCCUUGGACCUGGAGGGAGAGUCUGUUUCUGAGCUGGGAGCUGGACCAUCAGGCAGCAAUGGAGUGGAGGCUCUGCAGCUCCUUGAACAUGAACAGGCAACAACUCAGGACAACCUGGACGACAAACUCCGCAAGUUUGAGAUCAGAGACAUGAUGGGUCUGACGGAUGACCGGGACAUCUCCGAGACGGUCAGUGAAACCUGGAGCACUGACGUCCUUGGAAGUGACUUUGACCCCAACAUGGAUGAAGAUCGACUGCAGGAGAUCGCAGGAGCAGCUGCAGAGAACAUGCUUGGGAGUCUGCUGUGUCUCCCUGGGUCAAGUUCAGUUCUGCUGGAUCCUUAUGGCUCCACCAUCUCAGAGACCACAAGUGAGGCCUGGAGCGUGGAGGUGCUGCCCAGUGACUCGGAGGCCCAAGACCUGAAACAGGAGGAGCGUCUGCAGGAGCUGGAGAGCUGCUCAGGAGUGGGCAGCACUUCAGACGACACGGAGGUCAGAGAGGUCAGCUCCAGACCCAGCACACCAGGCCUCAGUGUUGUUUCAGGUAUUAGUACAACCUCAGAAGACAUCCCCAACAAGAUUGAAGACCUGCGGUCAGAGUGCAGCUCAGACUUUGGAGGAAAAGACUCUGUGACCAGUCCAGACGGAGAGGAGUCUGGCCACGGAUCACACCACCUGACUUCUCCACCCUCACAGGCCGAGUCCUUGUUGGCCAUGUUUGAUCCCCUCUCCUCUGCUGAAGGCUCCUCCACUGGAACUAUAGUGAGACCCAAAGUCCAUUACGCCAGACCCUCUCACCCUCCACCUGACCCUCCCAUCCCUGAAGCCAGCGCCCUAGGGCAGGAGACUCGCCACUCUCUCUUCGCUCCUCACUGCCUGGCCCAGGCCGAGCUGGAACACAAGCAGCGCCACUCGUUCCCUGACCGGCUGGUCCGCAGUCGCAGCUCUGACAUCGUGUGCCCGGGCCGGCGGCCUACGAGUGACCCUGGCCUGAACCGACGGGUAGCGGUCGAAGAUCGUGACCCAGCGGGCGCGUUCGCCUUAGGACCUUCGUCGUCCCCGAGCAAGGACUCCUUGAAAGGAGAGGUCGAGGAGAGGAAAGACAGUGAUGACGAGAAGUCCGACCGCAACAGGCCGUGGUGGAAGAAGCGUUUUGUGUCAGCCAUUCCCAAAGCUCCAAUAGCAGCAUUUAGAAAAAGGGACAAACUGGAGAAGGAUGAUGUCUCCCAGGAGCGUAGUACUCCUCAAGACGACCUCAUGGUCAAACAGAACAGCCAAGCACAGGCAGCCGAAGACAUUCUGGACAAGUACAGGAACAUCAAGAGACCGAGUCCAGGUGAUGGCGCUGCAGCCAGCGCCUCCUAUGACAGUACAGGAGAUCUUUGUGUUGAAGAACACUUGCACGACUCUCCAAGAGAAGACGCUCUGCAGAACAUUUCCACGGAUGAUCUCCCUGAUUCAGCCAGUCAGACAGCACAGCAGCACGACUCCAAGUUCUCCUUCAGUGAUGCAAAGAAGAAGUUGAGGUUGGCGUUGUGUUCUGCUGACUCUGUGGCGCUGCCCAUCAUGGCUUCUGCAGCCACACGGAACGGCCUUCCUGACCACACAGAUCCUGAAGACAAUGAGAUCGUCUGCUUCCUGAAGGUCCAGCUAGCAGAAGCCAUAAACCUCCAGGAUAAGAACCAGAUGGCCCAGAUCCAGGAGACCACACGCUGCGUCAGCCGCUUCGAUGCACGCACCUGCAGGAAACUGCUGGCUGCCAUCGCUGAGGAUUACAGGAAGAGGACUCCGUACAUAGCCUACCUGACCAGGUGUCGUCAGGGUCUGCAGACGUCGCAGGCUCAUUUAGAGAGGCUCCUGCAGAGGGUGCUGAGGGACAAAGAGGUCGCAAACCGCUACUUCACCACCGUAUGUGUCCGACUACUUCUUGAACACAUGGAAUCCAAGAUGCUUGAUUUUAUCAAAGCGUUCCAGGUUUGUACGGCAGCAGAUGACAAGACGGCAGCAGUGGAGGACUUUCUACGAUACUUGUACGGAGCGAUGGCCCGUGAUGCCAUUUGGCAGUACGCCAGCGAGGACCAGCUGCAGGACGCCCAAAUGGCCAUCGAGCGCAGCGUCAUGAACCGCAUCUUCAAACUGGCCUUCUACCCCAACCAGGACGGAGACAGUCUCAGAGACCAGCUUUUCCAUGAACACAUCCAGAGGCUCACCAAGGUCGUGACUGCCACUCACAGAGCACUUCAAGUGUAUUUGAAGGAAGCUCCGUGGCCUUCAGCCCAGUCUGAGAUCAGAAGUAUCAAUGCGUACAAGACACCGCGGGACAAGGUUCAGUGUAUACUGCGCAUGUGCUCCACCAUCAUGAACCUCCUCAGUCUGGCCAACGAAGACUCCGUACCUGGAGCAGAUGACUUUGUCCCUGUGCUUGUUUUUGUCCUCAUUAGGGCAAACCCGCCCUGCCUGCUGUCCACCAUUCAGUACAUCAAUAAUUUCUACGCCAGCCGGCUGAGCGGGGUGGAGUGCUAUUGGUGGAUGCAGUUCACCGCCGCCGUGGAAUUCAUUAAGACCAUCGACGACCGCAAGUGAAGCAGAACAGCCACCUGUAUGGGC